CUGGGCUGGAGCUGCAGCAGCAUUGUUAAUAAAAACACGGCGGCCGCAGGAGCCGGUGAUGAGCUCGGAGGAAGAGACGCGCCUGGAGCCGCUGACGGAGGACUGGAGGACUGGAGAGCUGGAGCCACUGAAUCACCCGUCCACACCUUUCGCUGAGCCACCGUCGCCAUGGAAACCCCCAGCCAUAAACGCAGCAGCCGCGGCUCCUCGGUCGUCUCGCCGGCCCGCAUCACGCGGCUGCAGGAGAAGGAGGACCUGUGCAACCUCAACGACCGGCUGGCCGUCUACAUCGACAAGGUUCGCUCGCUGGAGUCGGAGAACGCCGGGCUGCGGCUGCGCAUCACCGAGUCCGAGUCGUCGGUCACCCGCGACCUGUCCGGCAUGAAGGUCGCCUACGAGACGGAGCUGGCCGACGCCCGCAAGACCCUGGACCAGGUGGCCAAGGAGCGGGCGCGCCUGCAGCUGGAGCUCGCCAAGGUCCGCGAGGAGCACCAGGAGCUCAAGGCCAGGAACUCCAAGAAGGAGUCGGACCUGGAGGCGGCCCUGAUCCGGCUCCGGGACCUGGAGGCUCUGCUCAACUCCAAGGAUGCUGCUCUCAACACGGCCCUGGGGGAGAAGAAGGGGCUGGAGGCCGAGCUGAAGGACCUGCGGGCCCAGCUGGCCAGGGUGGACCUGAACCUGGCUGAUGCCAAGAAGCAGCUGCAGGACGAGAUGCUGAGGCGGGUCGACGCGGAGAACCGCCUGCAGACCCUGAAGGAGGAGCUGGAGUUCCAGAAGAACAUCUACAGCGAGGAGCUGCGCGAGUCCAAGCGCCGGUACGAGUCCCGCAUGGUGGAGAUCGACAGCGGGAGGCAGAUGGAGUUCGAGAGCAAGCUGGCGGAGGCGCUGACGGAGCUGCGGGCCCAGCACGAGGACCAGGUCCGGCUCUACAAGGAGGAGAUCGAGAAGACCUACAACUCCAAGCUGGACAACGCCCGGCACUCGGCUGAGAGGAACAGCCACAUGGUCGGCGCCGCCCACGAGGAGCUGCAGCAGACCCGGGUCCGUCUGGAGAGCGUGUCGGGCCAGCUGAGCUCGCUGCAGAAGCAGAUGUCGAACAGCGAGGCCAAGGUGCGGGAGCUGGAGGAGACUCUGAGCCGGGAGCGGGACGUGAUGAGGCGGCGUCUGGAGGACAAGGACCGGGAGAUGGCGGAGAUCCGAGCCCGCAUGCAGCGGCAGCUGGACGAGUACCAGGAGCUGCUGGACAUCAAGCUGGCGCUGGACAUGGAGAUCAGCGCCUACAGGAAGCUGCUGGAGGGCGAGGAGGAGAGGCUGCGUCUGUCCCCCAGCCCGCAGCCCCCCAGGGUGGUGGUGACCCGCACCUCCGGCUCGGGCCACAGCAGCAGCAGCCGCCUGAUCCAGUCCGCCGUCUUGGCGUCCAGCAGCCGCAACUCCUCCGGCGGCAGCGUCAGCAAGAAGCGGCGCCUCAACGACAACGACAGCGAGACCGGCAGCAUGGUGGGGGGCACCGUGACCAAGACCCGCGUCCGCCAGCACGCCUCGGCCAGCGGCCGCGUCACCGUGGACGAGGUCGACCUGGAGGGGAAGUUCAUCCGCCUCAGCAACAAGACCGAGGAGGACCAGGUCCUGGGGAACUGGCAGAUCAAGAGAACGGUGGGGACCGGGACGCCCAUCGCCUACAAGUUCCCCCCCAAGUUCACCCUGAAGGCCGGCGGCAGCGUCACGAUCUGGGCCUCCUCCGGCGGGGGAACCCACAACCCCCCCAGCGACCUGGUGUGGAAGAGCCAGGCCUCGUGGGGCACCGGGGACCUGCUGCAGACCCUGCUGAUCAGCGCCAGCGGAGAGGAGAUGGCCAUGAGGAAGGUGACGCGCACGCUGUUCGAGGACGACGACGAUGAUGACAUGGAAGCCCACAGCACCAGCGGCGCCGACAACGAGUACAACCUGCGCAGCCGCACGGUGAUCUGCGACUCCUGCGGCCAGCCGUCGGACAAGGGCGGAUCCUGCGGCGGGCUGCCCGACGGCCUCGUGGGACAUUCCUACUUCAUGGGCUCCAACGAGCCCAGACAGGGCCGCGUGAAGCCGGAGAACUGCUCCGUCAUGUAAACCCCUGAAAGCACCGCCGCCUGCAGACCAGAGGACCGUCGUUUUCUACCGUCGUCGGGAUUUUUGUCUUUGUUGUUGUUUUUUUUUUUUUAUACAACUGUUUUGUACUCUGAAUAAUCUGUAGUUUAGAUUUUAUCCCUGGGUUUCGGUUAAAGGGCACAGGACCAUCAUGUUCUGCUUUCAUUUCGUUCCCACGCUUCGCUCACGCUAGCUGUCACGCUCCGACGGGAGACGAGGUUUCACGUUCGGGCGUCUCCGCCGCCGGACAGACGCGAGGGGAGUGACUUCUCUCUCUCUUUCUCUCUCUUUUUUCUUAGAAUUGUCUUAGAAAGUCUGCGUUUACGAUUGAUAUUUGUUUGGUUUGGGAUCUGCGUUCGUACGCGACAGAGUGGGGUCCCGUACGUAGCCGUGGUGCGCACAAAGACAAUAGUUUGGGAGGAAUGUAUUCGUAUGUCGCAUCUAUAGAAAUGCUGGAUUGGGGGGGGGGGGUCGCCGCCUGGUACCUGCAAUACCACGUCCGGCCACACGGCGGCAGCAUCUCAAACCUGUUAUUCCAGCACCGCCGUGUGGCCGGAGGUGGUAUUGCAGCACACGGCUGCUCCCAAAUAUCUAUUUUUUUACCAUUUUGUUUCUCUCUAAACGGCUCUUUUUAUCCUAAUCAUGACAUCAGAGUAUUUUUUUACGUGCAGCCUCGUCGUAGCGACACACACAGGUCUGUAUUUGACGUAUUUUUUCAUGCCGUCGAACCAAAUCAGCGACAGAUAAAACUGUCCCUGUAGUCGUUCGCGUUGGAAAGCACUUAUUUUUCUUCCCCAGAUUGAAAACACGAACGUGCCUUCGGAGGACGGACGAGGCCUCGGCCGCCUCACAUGCUCCUCACGCGGCCGUCUUGUGACUCAGCCGCUUCGCGCCGCUUCUGAGAGAAAAAGCGCUCCCUUUUUCCCCCUUUUCCUUCCCUUUUCCGCGUCGUGGCUUUGCAAAUCCCUCGGCGUGAUCGUGUGGAUCGAGGGGGUCGGGGCGCUGCUUUUAACGGGGGCCUCAGCAGUUAUUAUGCACAGCCGCUAGAUCUGUACUCUAGUCCGGCAGCUCGAGUCGCUUCUGCUCCGCCGGAGAGCUCACCAAAGCAUUUAUGGGAGAUACUUGACGGCACUCGGGUUGUUUUUUGUCCUUUAAAAUCCCCAAAGUGCCUUUAAAAGUCCAGACUCUCUGCAGUUUGACCUCCGUCUCGCCUCUACGGCACAAAGCGGAGAGUGAAGUUUUCAGGAAAUCCUCCGACCGUUGCACAAAGGUUCUCUAAACUCCUCCCACUCCGCGUUCAGGGUUUCGCGGAGGCCGUUUUGGAUUCGUCGUAAUCUUCGUCCUGUACAGCUUUUUUUAGUUUCUGCCUCCGCCGUCUCCUGAACGCUCCGUCUUCACGUCUCCGCCGAGCUCUCGUCUCUCCGCGACUCAAAACACAAACCCAAAGCUUUUGAUGCCAAAGUUGUUCUGGGGAUGGGGGGGUUCGUCACAUCAUGACUAUUAAAUGCUAUUAAAUAAUGGAAAAGUCAUAAGUUUGAAUUGAUGUAUUGUUUCUUUUUCUAAAAUCCUGAUUAAAACCUAUUUUUUCCAGUGA